AUGAGCAAGAAUGUGGGGAAAUUAGUAAAAGUAUGGAACGAAUCAGAAGUCUUAAUUGAUAGAAAAUCAAAAUUUCAAGCAAGAUGUUGCACAUUAAAGAAUCAGAAGGAGAUUCCCUCUGUAUUAGAAGAAUUAGUCCAGAACAAUAAGAGCGUUUCAAAGGCCUCCCACAUGCACAUGUAUGCUUGGAGGACGGCCGAAUUACCUAGUGAUUCGGAUUCACAGCAUAAGAAUCAAGACCAGAAAAAGAAAGGUAGUAAAAAUCACAAGAAUAAUAACAAUAAUCAUGGCAACAAGACAACGAAGAUAACGGUUCAACCGAAGAAUGUUGAGCAAGGCUGUGCUGACUGUGGUGAGGCUGCUGCUGGACAGCGCUUAUUGACUUUGCUCGAGAGAGCCAAUAUCUUCAACAUCCUAGUAAUAGUGACUAGGUGGUACGGGGGUACACCAUUGGGCUCGUCUAGAUUUAGGCAUAUCUCAACUUGUGCUGUAGAGAGUUUGAAAAAGGGUGGGUUUCUGCCCUGA